AUGGUAUUCACGUUUAAAAAUAAGAAAAAGAAAAAAGAAGCUAGUUCAGAUAAAGUAAGCAAAGAAUCAUUUAAUGAGGAAGAUAAUGAAAAUAAUUCAAAGAGGGACAAAAGCGAUUCCUGGUAUAAAAAAAUAAUAGAAACUAAAGGAAAAAGUAAAAGUAAAUAUAAAAAUGAUAAUUCAUUUGAUGAUAAUAUCAAUGAGGAUAUAUUAAAUAAUAAUAAUAAUAAUAAUAAUGAAGAUAAUAAUAAUAAAAUAUCAGAAAAUUUAUAUAAAGACAAUGAACUAGAAAAUCAACUUAAAGAUACAUUAAAGUCUAUUAGUUCGUUGUCGAAUAAAAUUGUAAAUUAUGAAAGUAAAAUUGAAGAAUUAGAAAAAGAAUUAAAAGAAGCUAAGGAUAAAAAUAUUGAUAAUAAUAAUUAUGAAAAUAAAUUAAAAGAGAAAGAAGAUUUUGUGAAACAAAAAAUUGACAUGCUAAAUGAAAAAGAAAAUCUUUUACAUGAAAAAGAAUUAGAUAUUAAUAAAAGAGAAAAGAAAAUAAAUGAAAAAGAAAAGAAUAUAAUAAAAAAGGAAGAAACAUUUUAUAAUUUAGAAAAAGAUUAUUUAGAAAAAAAUAAAGAAAAAGAAGCAAUUUCUAUAGAAAUUAUAGAUAUUAAAAAACAUUUAGAAAAACUAAGAAUAGAAAUAAAAGAAAAAAAAGAUGAUUUAGAAAAUUUAAAUAAAAAAUUGUUAUCAAAAGAAAAUGUACUAAAAGAAUUAAAAGGAUGUGUUAAGGAAAAAAAUGAAACUAUUAAUUCGUUGAAUGAUAAUAUUAUCGAAAAAGAAAAAAAAUAUAAAUUGUUAGAAUAUGAGUUGGAAGAAAAAAGUAAACAAAUUGAUUUAUUAAAUAAACAAGAAAAGGAAAAGGAAAUGGAAAAGGAAUUGGAAAAAGAAAGGGAAAAGGAAAGAGAAAAGGAAAGAGAAAAGGAAAGAGAAAAGGAAAGAGAGAAAGAAAGAGAAAAAGAAAGGGAAAAAGAAAAGGAAUAUGAUACAUUAAUCAAAGAAUUAAAAGAUGAAAAGAUUUCAAUUCUAGAAAAAAUUCAUUCAAUUAAAGUAAAAGAAAUGGAUAUUGAAAAAAGAGAACAGAAUUUUGUUCAUAUGGAAGAUCAAUUAAAAGAUUUAAAAAAUAGUUUUGUAAAAAAUAAUAAUCAAUUAAAAGUUUAUAAAUGUGAAAUAAAGAAUCUUAAGAACGAAUUAGAAAAAAAAGAAAAAGAAUUAAAAGAUAUAGAAAAUGUAUCUAAAGAAGAAAUAAAUAAUUUAACAAAUCAAUUAAAUGAAAAAGAGAAACAAAUUCUUGCAUUUAAUAAAAAUUAUAAAGAAGAAAUUCAUGGAUUGAAAGAAGAAUUAAAAGAAUCUGUAAAAAUAACCAAAAUAGAAACUCAAGAGUUACAAGAAAUGGUUGAUAUAAAACAAAAAGAGUUAGACCAAUUGCAGAAAAAAUAUAAUGCACAAAUAGAAAGUAUAACAAUCGAAUUAAAUAAAAAAGAGAAGGAAUAUACGAAUUUACAAAAUAAUUAUUUGGAAGAAAUAAAUAAUUUAAAUGGAAAAUUAGAAGAAACUAAUAAAGAAUAUACAAAUUUACAAAAUAAUUAUAACAAUGAAAUAAAUAUGUUAAAUGAUAAUAUAAAAACAAUGAAUACACAAAUAAGUACUUUAAAAAAUGAUGUACACUUGUUAAAUGAACAAAUAGAUAAUUUAAAUAAUGAAAAGGGCACACUAAAUAAUAAAAUCAAUGAGUUGAAUAUACAAAUUGUGGAUUUAAAAGAUGAAAAAAUUUUCUUAAAUAAUCAAAUUGUAGAUUUAAGUAACCAAAUUGAUUUGUUAACAAGAAAAAUGGAGGAGAAGGAAAAUAAAAUGGUGGAACAGGAGAAUAAGUAUCAACAAGAGAUAGAACUGUUAAGGGGGAAUAUAACAAGUUCUGAAAAUAUAUUAAAUAAUGAUGAAGCGCUGUGCGAUUUAAAAAGACAGUUAAGUUUGAAGAAUGAUGAAAUGAAAAUGAUGAAGGAAGAACAUGAUAAGAAGUUGGCUGAGUUGAAAGAUGAUUGUGAUGUGAGGAUAAGGGAGAUGAAUGAUAAGAAUGAAGAUAAGAUAAAUAAAUUGAAGCAAGAAAAUGAAGAUAAAAUUAAUACGUUGAAGCAAGAAAAUGAAGAUAAUAUGAAUAAGUUGAAGCAAGAAAAUGAAGAUAAUAUGAAUAAGUUGAAGCAAGAAAAUGAAGAUAAGAUGAAUAUGUUGAAUGAAGAAAAUGAAAAUAAAAUGAAUACUUUGAAGGCAGAAAAUGAUGCUAAAAUGAAUAUGUUGAAGGCAGAAAAUGAUGCUAAAAUGAAUAUGUUGAAGGAAGAGUAUGAAAAUAAGAUAAAUGAAAUCAAUAAUAAAAAUGAAUUAAAAGUAAAAGAAGUAAUAGAUGAAUAUAAUGAAGAAGUGGAAACAUUAAAAGUUACAUUAGAUGAAAAAAAAAAACAAUUUGAUAAAGAAAUAAAUUAUGCAAAUAUCAAAGCUCAUGAAAAGGAGCAAAUAUUAUUAACACAAAUGGAAGAUUUAAAAUGUGAGAGUGAUACGAAGUAUUUAGAUUUAUAUGGGAAAUAUAUUAAACUAAUAAAAAGUAUUUGUAUGAUAAUUAACAUUGAAUGUUGUGACGAAAUAGAAAAUGAAGAUAUUAUAAGAAAAAUUGAAGAAUAUAUAAAUAAUAACAAAGGAUCGAAAAAAGAAGUAGAAGAAAAAGAACAUAAAAGACACUCUUCCUUUAAUAUUUUAAAAAGUAAAGAAAAGUUUUUUAGAAAUAGUAUAGAAGAUAAAAGCAAUGAAUUAAAAAAGAAAUAUGAAAAAGAUUUAUUAUCAAAAGAUAAUAAAAUUGAAGAAAAGAAUAAAAAAAUAAAAGAACUGAAUAAUGAAAUUAAAAAGUUACAAGAUGAAAUAGUAGUACAUAAAAAACAAAGUAAUGUACAAGUAGAUCCAAAAAAGAAAAGUUGGAUUCUUAUUAAAGAUAAAUCUAAAGAGAAAUUAAAAGAUAAAGAAAACCAAAUAAAUGUCGAAAAAAUUGAUGAAAAGGAUUUAAAAAAAAAAGAUGAUGAAAUAAGAAUGUUAAAUGAAGAACUUGUACAAUAUAAAACAAUUUUAUGUAAUUUAAAAAAAGAUCCGUUAUUAAGAAAUUACAAUUUAUUAUCAAAAAUUGAUAUAAAUUCUUUAAUAACAAAUGAAGAAAUUUGUCUAGAUAAUAUAGAAGAAAAUGUUUUAGAUUAUGAUGAAGAAAUAAAUAAAAGCAAAUAUAAAUUAAUUGAACUAAAAAAUGAAAUAUGUUCUUUAACUACUGAGCUUAUGGAACUUAAUAAUAAGAAAAAUGAAUUGAUUGAAGAAAAUAAUAAAUUAAAUUUAGUAGAUCAAGGGAAAAAGAAAUUGAAAAAGGAUGUUGAAAAACAGAAAAAAGAAAUAGAAAAAUUAAAUAAACAAUUAACAAAAUGUAAUAAACAAAUAGAUGAAUUAAAUGAAGAAGUGGAAAAAUUAAGUAAUGAAAAUAUUGAAUUAAUUACAUAUUCAAAUGAUUUAAAUAACAAGUUUGAUAUGAAAGAAAAUAAUCUUAUGAUGAAAUUAGAUGAAAAUGAAGAUAACAUAAAGAAAAUGAAAAGUAAAAUUGGUGAUAUGGAAAAAGAAAUAAAAUAUAGAGAAGAUGAGAAAAAAAAAAAUUUAAAUGAAAUUAAUAAUUUAAACAAAAAAAAUGAAGAUAUGUCUAUUAAAUAUAAUGAAAUGAAUAUUAAGUAUGGAGAUAUUUGUGUAAAAUAUGAAGAAAUGUCUCUUACAUAUAAAGAAACAUCUCUUAAAUAUGAGCAAAUUAAAGUGAAAUAUGAAGAAAUUAAAAUUAAAUACGAACAAAUAAAUGUUAAAUAUGAAGAAAUUAAUAUCAAAUAUGAUGAGAAGUGUUCUCAAUAUGAUAAGAUAUAUUCUCAAUAUGAUGAAAUAAAUAAGAAAUAUGGUUCUUUAUUAAAAAUAAAUGUUACUAAUAAAAUUGUUGAUUCAAAUUUGGAUAGAAAUGAUAAUGAAAUAAUUUUAGAAGAUAAUAAAAUAGAAGGAAUUACGAAUUAUUUAAAACAAAUAUUUGAAUUAAAUGAAGAGAUCAUACGAUUAAAAGGAGAAAUAAAUAAAAUUAGCUUAUUAUAUAGUAAUGAAUUAAAUGAGAAAAAUAGUUAUGAUAUAAACAUGAAACAUGUGCAAGAACAAUUAAUUUUUUUGGAAAGGACAAAUAAAGAAAAUGAAGAGAAAAUAAUUUAUUUGACUAGUCAAUAUACUGAAGCAUAUAAAAAUAAGAGUGAUGGAUCAAAAUUAGGUGCUAUACAAUCUGUUGGUAAUGUUAAUAUAUAUGGAAAUAUAUCAAAUAAUAAUAUGAGUGCCGAAGAAAAUAUAAGAACAAAUGAAGAUAAAUGUGGAGAGAUGUUUGUUAAGAAUAUAGAAGAGAAGAAUGGCAUUCAUUUAUCAAAGUAUAUUAAUCUAUUAGAAGAAAAUAAAUUUCGAUGUAUGAAAAUAAUUUAUGAAAAUGAAAAUAUAAAAAGUAGUAAUAAAAUAAUUGGAUUAUAUAAUUAUUCAAGGUAUUAUGGUUUAAGAGAAGAUUUAUGUAAAGAAGAAAUCGUUUCUUCAAAAAUAGAAAAUAUGUCUAAUAAAAAUAAAAAAGAAAACAAUAAUAGUAAUAACAACAAUUGUGAUGGUUAUGGUUAUGGUGAUGAUGAGAAGGUUACAAUGGUUUUAUGUAUUAUAUUAAAUGAAAUAAUGAAAUUUUUAUUUUUAAAUGAUGAAUAUGUAUUAUUAUUUGAAAAGAUUCAUAAAAAUGUUUGGAAACGAAUGUAUAUCCCAGAAGAAAUAAAAUUUUUUAUUUUAAAAUAUAUUACUCUGUUAAAUAAAUUGAGAGAUUAUAUAAUAAGUGUACAUAAUAAUAUGAGAAAUGAAAAAUAUGAUGAAUGUUGGUUUUUAUUUCAACAUUAUUUUGAAAGAUCGAGUGAUGUUAGAAAAGAGAUGGUUCAUUUCUUAUUAGAAAGAAGGAGUCAAGAAAAUUUAAUAUCUUUUAAAAGUAAAUUAAAAAGUAAAAAAGAAAAAAUAUUAACAAUGGACAUAUUGCAUUUUAGUAAAGAACAUAUGCAAUUAAAAACCAUAGCUGAUCUAAGAAAAGAAAUAAAUUAUGAAAAAAAUUCUAAAGAUACAUUAAAUAGAGAUUAUAAUUUAUUAUUAUAUAAAUAUCAAGAAUGUGUAAGUAAAUUAAAGAGGGUAAAAAAUUUAAUGAAAGAAAUAAAUCAAAAUGUAUUUAUAGAAAAAUAUGAUGAUAUAAGUAAAGAAUUAGAUAAUUUUUCAGAUGGAUAUAAUGAACAAAAUGAACAAUAUUUAAUGGAUCCUAUUUUAUUAGAUAAUAAUAAAAAUAAAAAUAAGAAAUUGAUAACUGAACAUAAUACUAUAAUUAAUAGGUUAACUACUUUUACACAAAAUAGAGAUUCAAAAUAUCAAAAUAAAAUAAUUGAUGAUGUAAAACAAAGAAAAAUAAAUAAUAUAAUGAAUAAUACAAAUAAAAAUAGUAUUAAUAUUAUUUAUAAUCAUUAUGAAAAUUUAAAUAAACCUAAAUAUAAUGAUAAUAUAAAUAGAUUAAAUUUAUAUCAUCAAAAUAUGCAUAUUGCCAAUUCAAUUCAUCAUAAUAGAAAUAUAAAUAAAAGUUUUCUUACUAAUCAGGCAAAUAAUACAUAUAGUGUUAUGAAAAAUUAUAUAAAUACAGAUAGACCAAAUUUAAAUGCAAAAAAUAAUGUACGUAAUAUUUUUAAUGAAAUUGUAGAUGAAAAUGUAAAUAAAACGUUUGUUCAUAAAAGUUUAUUUUUUUAA